GGCUUGCGUGGGAACAGGCCAGCGGGAGAUUUUUGGGUGUCUAUUUCGUAGUCACCCAGGGCCAGGCAGCCUUUAGUCUAGCAUGAGACAGCCGAGGGUGAGCACCCGAGUUUUCACACACUAAAGGUGCCGCAGGGAAGAACGCACUCCGGGGAUAACACCAACCGAGGCAGCGGGAUAGCGACCACCACCACCAUGUACAAGACCAGUUACCUGCGCGAGGUGCGCAAGGAGAAGUAUGAGCGUUCCGAUGUCUUUGAGGAGCCCUACGGACCUGAUGCAUCGGCGGGCACCUCAGCCAUCCAGGGCUGGGAGAGCCUGCAGGAGCUCAACAGCCGCUUCGCCCGCUAUAUUAACCGGGCACGUGUGCUGGAGCAGCGCAAUUCCGUGUUCCGCAAGCAGCUAGAGACGCUGCAGCGGAUGGAGGAGGCCAGCGGCCUUGAGGAGGCCUUUACCGAACAGAUUGGCCUGAACCGGCAGCGCAUCCGCGACCUCUCCGCCGACCAUGCCAAGCUUGAGCGUGAGCUGAAGGACGCAUGCCGCAUGCUGGACGAGUUCACCAACAAAUACAGAAAUGAAUGUGAGUAUCAACAACAGCUGCGGGGUACAUUGGAACAACUCAACAAGGAAGCUGACCAUACCCUGCUCAGGAACCUGGAAUUUCAGAUCCAGUCCCAGUUCCUUCAGGAUGACAUCAAUUCCACCAAAGACAGACACAGGAAGAACCUGUCAGAGAUGCAGACCUACGUGAACAUCCUGCACCAGAUCAACCAGACGAUACACCUGGUGCCCAAUGUGGCCGUGGGCACCUCUGAGGAGCAGGAGAAGCAACUGGCCCAGAGGAGAGUUCCAGCCCUGAAGAGUCAGCUAGAGGAGUUCAAGAGCGCCCUCUGCCAGCUCCAAGCACAGAAGCAGCGUCUGCAGUACGAGACGUCAGUGUUGGAGAGUUCCAUCAAGAGCACCCAGGAGAGCUAUGACGAUGAGAUCCAACUGUACAACGAGCAGAUUGAGUCUCUGAGGAAGGACAUUGAGGAAGCCGAGAGAUCCCUGGAGAAAUACACAAAUGAGUGCCGCCACCUGGCCAUGUACCAGACCUCACUGGAGAAUGAGCUGGAGAGGUACAAGAGGAUCAUCGAGAACGAGGACAACAGGUUGAAUUCAGCAAUAAUUGGGACGCCCAUUACCUUGUUCACCACCAAUUACCGCUACACCCACACACCCACUGUGUCGAGCAGGGGCAGAGACAUCACCCAAGCCAUUCAGGACAUCACCAGUGUCAAGCCUCGCCAGAAGAACAUGGCCAAGAAGGUCCUGAAGAAGAAGGAGAUCAGCCCCAAAGAUGUGAUGGACAGCGGCCAGGAGGAGAGAGUUGGUGGAGCUGAACACAUGGAGGAUGAGAAGCGAGGGGUGGCAGGGGAGGAAGGCGAGUUGAAGAGGGAGGAGCAGAGGUCACUGUACACACCCCAGGACGUGCCAGACGGGGCUCAGAUCAGCAAAGCCUUCGACACACUUUGUAACAUUGUCAGAGACCGAAUGAGAAGGUACAAGAAGCCAGAGCCAAUUGCUGACUUCUACACCAAGGGGCGCUAUGUGCUGGUGACAGGCGAUGGCAGCUACCUCCACCCCCACUUCUACACCUCCAGCCCCUCCGCCGGACACGUCUUCGUCACCAUCCGCAACGGCAUGGUCUCCCCUUAUGACCCCUUCGGCCCCUACACCCCCUCCCCCAACCCCCCUCAUCCCCAGCCUAUGCCACCCCCUGGCCCCCGUACCCCCACCCCACCCUCUGACGGAGAGGGGGGAAAGGGAGACGAUAAGGGCGGAAAAGGUGGUGGGAAGGAGAAAUCUAGGGGCGGAGACCCCGAGCCUAGGCCUAAGGACCCUAGUCCCCCCCCACAGCCCAACCCUGCCCCAGCUCCUGGCCCUAACCCCAAAGGCCCCAGCAAUCCCUCCGGACCCAAGGGGGGUAAAGACGACAGUCGCCGCAGGGGCCCUCCUCCCAUGCCCUCCCCCCGCAGCGCUAGCAGCAUGCCCCCUGACUCCAUGAGCUACGAAAAGGUGGAGCUGGUGGAGUCAGUGGAAAAGUUCUCCAACGACCGCAAGACGAAGGGCUAUGGCUAUGAGGAGACGGCAAUGGUGGUGGAGACCAUGAUCGAGAAGACCAGCAAGAAGAAGAACUGAGUCGUAGAUAAGGUUGACCUUGGCCAAAAGAUCUGGACAGACUCCUCACAAGUUUCACCUCACCUUAUGCCAGUAAGAACAAACACUGAGCCAUUAUGUGACUCUGCUAAAGACACAUUCUAAAGACACUGUUCCCACCCUAUAUGAAACCAACCUUAAAGAGACAUUCCUCACAUAGAGGACUGCUAAAGACUCCUCGCACAUUCCUGAUACUGCUCCUCUAUUCACUCACGCUCUCUGGCUUUGCGUUCAGCAAGCGUUAGCUGGUUCCAAAAUGCUGCUAUUGUUGUUUCUACCUAUGCCGAUACCUUACGCCUUUACUGUCUGAAAACAUGAAGUACGAACAUCAAAACUACAAACCCCCUUGCCACCUCACCCCACAAAAAGUAAAUAAAAACAUGGCUUUGAUGUGUGAAAAAAGUCAAACAUUUUUAUAAAUUGAUUACAUGCUACUGCCAUCAUGGAUGUUUGCCACCCUUCCAAACUAAACCUUACCCCAAACCCAAGAGCUGAUUUGUUCAUUUGGAUGCCAUCGACUGCCCUCAACACAGGUUUGCUGUGUAUAAAAUUGCUUUAAUAAUAUAAAAGAAUCAAGCUUCAAAAGCGCAAAGCUCUACUGUGUUUGUGUUUUGACGUUAGCACCGCACUUAUGACACACUCACAGCUUUGUUGCUUUACAAAUUAAUGCCCCCAAUCCUUCAUCUCAUUGCAAUCCAUUGAAAUGUGCCAAAUGUGAAAACAAAAAAGAUUAAACAAAUCAUAUUAUAUUCUUUGAAUAAUAACAGCGAAUGUUUCAUAUUUUUACUUUAUGUAUGCAGUGAAAGCACUAUUGACUUACUUUAUAAUGAUGGUAGAGGUGAUGGAUGCCUAGUUUUUAACUGAUCACCCUGUUUGACUUACAUACUAGAGGUGUAUUCAUUGUAUCAGAGUAAGGACAUUAGACUAAGCUAGUGCAGUGUUUAGUAAACAUUGGGUGUCUCUCAGCGCGGAGUGAAAGGUGUUACUUUGAACUCUGCAGUUACUGAAGGAGAGUCAUCGAUUUUUCAUAGAGAUGAACUGGAGGAGCAGACAGCGACCUCUGAACUCUGCAUAAUCCACUUUCCCUUAGAGGGACAGACAAGAGAGAGAGAGAGCGAGAGACAGCGUGUGUGCGUGUGACAGAAUUACAAAAGUAAGAGAUCCAGAGAGGGGAAGAAGGAGAAGCUAAGUGUUUUAUACUAUAUUCCCGGUUUCUUUACCCAGUGUGUGAUGUAAAUGUCCCUGUGCUUUGUGCUCUGGAGUGAACAGAUAUAUAUAUAUUUUUUUAAACCUUUAUUUAACCAGGUAAGCCAGUUGAGAACAAGUUCUCAUUUGCAAC